ACAGCUGCGGUCCCGGGAGCGGCAGGGCUCCGGGGGGCGGCGCCCUGGUUCGGUCCUAGCGGUGGCGACGGCGGCGGGGGAGGAUGUGGCGCGGGGGCUCCGGCGAGCCGGAGUGCAGUCGUGGGGGCGGCCCGGCCGCGCACUGCGCCUGAGGCAGUGGGUGUGGUAUGGUGCUGUGCCAACUUGAUACUCCCCUCGGGGCCAGAGUAAUCCAAAAACAUGAAGUUAAUUUGGUGUUUUGACUGUUUUGCAGGAUACAUAUGGACUGAAAGAUCACUGAUUACUACAAUGGAAAAGUCAUGGAUGCUUUGGACCUUUAUUGAAAGGUGGCUGCUAGCUUUGGCUUCAUGGUCUUGGGGUCUCUGCCGUAUUUCUCUCUUACCUUUGAUAGUAACUUUUCAUUUGUAUGGAGGUAUUACAUUACUUAUGUUAAUAUUUGUAUCAAUAGCAGGUAUACUAUAUAAAUUCCAGGAUGUACUACUUUACUUCCCUGAGCAGCCCUCUUCAUCACGUCUUUAUGUUCCUAUGCCUACUGGUAUACCACAUGAAAACAUCUUCAUCAAAACCAAAGAUGGAGUUCUUCUCAAUCUUAUUCUGCUGAGAUAUACUGGAGACAAUGCAGCAUAUUCUCCUACUAUCAUUUAUUUUCAUGGAAAUGCAGGCAACAUUGGUCACAGGUUACCAAAUGCUUUGCUGAUGCUGGUAAACCUGAAAGUAAACUUAUUGCUGGUUGAUUAUAGAGGUUAUGGGAAAAGUGAAGGAGAAGCAAGUGAAGAAGGUCUCUACUUAGAUUCUGAGGCUGUACUAGACUAUGUGAUGACUAGGUCUGAUCUUGAUAAAACAAAAAUCUUUCUCUUUGGCCGUUCCUUAGGGGGAGCAGUGGCUGUUCACUUAGCUUCUGAAAAUUCCCAUAGAAUUUCUGCCAUAAUGGUGGAGAACACGUUCCUUAGCAUCCCACACAUGGCCAGCACUUUGUUUUCUUUCUUUCCAAUGAGGUAUCUUCCUUUGUGGUGCUACAAAAAUAAAUUCCUGUCAUACAGAAAAAUCUCUCAGUGCAGAAUGCCUUCUCUUUUCAUCUCUGGGCUGUCUGACCAGUUAAUUCCUCCAGUUAUGAUGAAGCAGCUUUACGAAUUAUCCCCGGCUCGGACUAAGAGAUUGGCAAUUUUUCCAGAUGGAACUCAUAAUGACACUUGGCAGUGCCAGGGUUAUUUCACUGCACUUGAACAGUUCAUCAAAGAAGUUAUAAAGAGUCAUUCCCCUGAAGAAAUGGCAAAAACAUCGUCUAACGUAACAAUAAUAUAAUCGAUAUUCUUUUUUCUGAUUAAAUUGCACUGUACCUUGAUUUGUGAAAAGUGGUAAAAGAAUGUCCAUUUUUAAAUGUAUAUUAUGUCUGUACUUGCCUAAUGAGCAGAAUUAAACUUGGAAAGGUCUAAUACUUUAUUAUGACGUUCCAGGUAGUUUUUAUAUUUUGCAACAUUGUAAGUGAGUGAACAUUUCUACAUGUCUUUCCCAUACCUUUUUAUAUGUUUGUUCAUAUCUUCCAUUUGUUCAGGAUAUACAAUGGAAGCUAUUACAAUUUUGUUACUACAUUAGUACAAAUUACAUUAGGUUGAGAUAACAGGAGGCUCUUCAGUAUUCUCUGCUCUGUGUAUCGGCUGAUUGGACAAUCAUGGUUAGCAAAAUAUGUUCUGUAACAUUUCUAAGAUUUACCUUAAGUAUACCAUGCAUGGUAGUGUGUUAUUCCUUGCGUUGUUAUCGAAGAUGAAGACUUUUAAUGUGCUAAGUAAUGUAAAUAGCAUUCAUGAUAGAGAAAUAAUUCAGGAUCGUAUAUGCAUAAGUAUAAUCUAUUUUUAUGAUGAUAUAUAUUACAAAUCGGGUCAAGAAGAAAAGCUACUUUUCCUAUAUUCAUUUCAGUAUUUCUAUUUUAGUAGCAUCUAUAAAGUUAUACCAGUUACACAGAGGCAGAUAGUUUGUUCAGAAUAGUUUGCAUUCAGAAAAAGAAAACUGGCAAAAAAGGGAUAAAAUAUACAAUCCAGGUAUGACUUGCUAAACUGACUGUUCCCACUUCUCCUUAACCAUUGUUAGUUGAAUGUGCUUCUGAUUGACAUUAUAUACAGCAUCAGAUCAGUUCAGGUAUGGGUGCCUAGAGUGGAAGGAAAAAUACUAGGGAGAGCAAUGCUAGCUAUGGAAGAAGUAGAAAUAUGCUUUUGGUUGACUUUUAAAAGUAAGCGAACUUAAAAAUUACAUCUGUGCCCUUCACCUCCAUCUCUAAAAGAAGCUAUAUAAAGUACAUUUUUAGUUUUAAUUUACCAUUAUUACCCAUACCAUAGCAACAGUGUAAAUAAGCAUUGAACAAACCCUAGCUUGUUAAAGUCUAGAAAACAGACAGCUUUUAUUUUUAAUACUUGAGUCACUUGUUUUCCUAAAUUAUCUAAAUGCUACCAGACAGUGUGCAUGCAGAUUGUAUCCUCAACACAAAUGUGAAUUGCUUUAGCUAUAUUAAGAGUCAGUGCUAAUAGUAACCACUCUUAUUGUCAACAAUAUUGAAUCAUGAAGUGAGAGAGCCUGAUUAUGACCACAGAGUGUGAGGAUCCUUACAAAACAAAUGCACCAAAGCCAUCUCUCCAGUUUGGUUAACUUUUACUAGUGCAUAUGUAUAAAUCCCUUACUUAGUUUAGCUGCAGCAAGUAAUUAAAUCAAUUUGCUUGGUCAAAAAUAGUUUAAUGGAAGAAAAAUAUGUAUGGAAAAAGGAUUUUUUUUUUUUCAUGCUAAAAUACAAUGGCUCAUAAGGGUGAAUUCUCUAAAUUUAGCCUUUUUGUUAUUACAGGUAAGCCCUCAUUCAGAAAAGCACUUCAUCACAUGUUUAAUUUUGUCCUAAUUUAAGCCUGUGCUUAAAUUCUGUUGACAUCAGUAAAUAAAGCUGCUUUCCUGAAAAGGUGCUCUAUGACUAGAAGUACAAGUACCACACAUGCUUGGAUAUAUAAUUAACAGAGGGGAAAAAAUACUGACUGUAGAAGUAAAAUAUCUCUGUAAUACAGAGUAGUGGUAGUGUUGGAGUGAUGAUCCAGGAAAUAUACAUCAUGCAGGGAUAACACCCACAAAGAUCCUUGCCCUUCUGUUCCAGAGUAACUUUCAGAAGUAUUCCUUCCUGGGUUUUAAACAAAGGUGUGUGGUGUCUUAUAUUGUUGCCAUCUACCUGGUAAGUAUUUUUUUUUCUUCUGUAGUGAUGCAGCCAAGAGCCCUUACAAUUCCUUGAGUAACCAUGAACAUAUUUAUACAUUUUCUUUGGCUGCAGUUUGAUUUGGCUCUAUUUUCUGACUUCCUUGUGGUAUCCUGCUCUUUCAGUGUUGUGUGGCAUGCCUUUUUUUCUCUUUCUCCUGUAUUAUGUAGAAAUAGCAAACAGUUGCACAGAAAAAGGUUUUGAUGCAUCAUAACAUUCAUUUUACUGGUGUAUUCUAAUAGUCACAACACAUAGUUCUUACACCUUGUUGCUCUUCCCCCUGAACCAUCUAGAUUUGAACCUAAGUAAAGCCCAAGAGAAAGUAAAAUGAAUAUAUUGUAGCCACUUAAGUGGACAAGCAUUGCUAUCCUGCUUUUUAGCAGUAGAACUGACCAUGCAGUUUAUUAUUCAUGAAAAGGUAUAAAUUCAGCUCAGUAAAUAGUUGUUUCAAGAGCUAUUGUGAUUUUCAGUUAAAUGAUUAUGCUCAGCAUAAAAUAUGGGUUUACAAGGCAGAAGCUGAACUCUAACAUGAGACGGUUGGCUUUUGUUUUCUUCUUCCCCCUCAGUAUAAACUGACGCUGCAAAGGGCUCUUUAUGCUUUCGUUGUAUGGGUAGUACCUAGAUGGGCCUUUAAUUGUCAGAGCAGUUUUUGUGCAUAGGAGUUUGGUUGGGAGAAAGAAAACCAAGAUUUAUGACCAUUUAGACCUGUUCAUGCCAUGCACUUUCUCUAUACAAUCCUUGGUCCCCAAGCCCUACCUUCUCACCUUAGUGUCUGUAGGAUUUCCAGUAGUAAAACCGAAAGCCUGCAUGUUGUUGUGAAUAUAUAGGCAUAAGAACAUAUCCUAUAUGCAUAGGGUUAUUACACUGAGGAGCAAGAUACUCACCAGCACCACACACUAAUUUUCCCUCCUUUGUUGUGUCUUAGAGGUGGCAUUAGUGGUCGCAUUGAACAGCAUGGAUGAAAAAUUAAAUUUUAGUAAGAGUGCAACCAUAGGCUUUGAAAUCUCUGGGAAGGGAGAUGGAGAGCAUAUAAACCAGUGUUAUUAAUGUUUCUGUAACGUUGUAAAUAGUAUUUCUGUUGGUAGCACAGUGGGGAAUUAGUCUUUUUUUUAUUUUUGCCAGGAAUCCUUUCCAGCUGGAACAUCAGUCUGUGACAAGUGAAGGGUAUUGUCUGCACAUACACACUUUCAAACUUUACAGUAACAAGUUAUUUACUAGUGACUUUCAAGUUUAAGCAGCAGCUAUUAUGGAUAGUUGUUUAGAAGACUGAAUAAUAUGUUAAAACUGCCAAGAGUCAGAUUAAUGGUUAGCUAUGUUAAUUGAAAAAUGCAAUAGGAAUUAGACAGCUUAAUAAUCUGUGCCAGCUUUCAUUUGUAUAAAACAGUGGGACCCAACCUUUUUGGCUGGCAUGUCUCUAGGUAAGCUCUACACUCCUCCCAAGUGCCAUGCCACUCCCCUUCCCCCGCUUAGCCUGUUGUGCUGCUUUGUUUCCUGCCCUAUUUGUCCCUGUGCUUGCUACCCCCUCUCUGAUAUGCCAUAUGCCACACACACAAGCUGCCUCAUGCCAUUUAUGGCACUUGUGCUGCAGGGUGGCCACCAUCGGAUAGAAUAUACCAUCUUAGGGAAAAAUACAAAAGAGUAUGUGUUUAACUAUGAGAAGUAUGAAUUAUGCGUAUGUUUGAGAAGUGAGGACCAUGAUUACAGGAUUUACACAGUCACUUUUGGGUUUAAAAGUAGGGAUGGUGUCAGUCUUUUAUAAAAGGUUUAUGAUAGAUUUCAAAUGAAUUGGACAAAGUAGAAUAACUGCUAAUAGAGUCUUUGUGAAAAAUUACCCAGUGCACAAGCACUUUUUCCUUUUUGCUCUAAUCUGUGGAAACACUUAUGACUGUCUACUGAUCCAUGUUUACACUUUCCCAGCCCCAAAUUUUGAAACUGUGAAACACAAAAAUAAGCUGGAAUUUUAAAUAAGGAAAAAACGACUAAUGUAGCUGCCCUUAUGUCCGUUCUCAGGUAAAAUUAUGAGUAAUAUAGCACAAAUGUAUUUGACACUUGAUAUUUGUGGACAAUCUCCCAGUUGUAAAGGUAGAUAUAUAUUUAGCGGGAUGAAUUAAUCUAUAUAGUAUGAAAUAAUAUGCAUGUCAGCAUCUCCUGGCUAAUUAGUGAUGUCAACCUUGGGUGCUCUGUGGUGACAAACCAGGCUGAAUUUUUGAACCCCUCAAAUCCCAAGACAUGGCAUUUGAAAUUAGCAGAGAUGUACCUAUAUCUCCAUUCAUAUUUCACUUCACCACUUUUUUUUUUAAUGUGCAACUUGUGCAAGAGGCACUUUUGCCAAAAAUAAUACCAGUGCCUCCUGCACAUGGCAGGCUCAAACAAGGAUUAGUAUGUCCUGUUGACAGUAAGUUUUAUAAUAUUGUCCAGUCUAUAUAGUUUACAAUAGAACCAUGCAGAAGUAUAAAGUAUAUGCAAGAAUCAUAUUCAGUAUUUAAAUAAAACACAUAUUUCAAAUUCAGAAUUAGUCUCAGAAUGUUCAAGUGAUGCAUUUUCUUCUGUGUUUUUUUUUUUCUUUAUUCAGUUCAAGUAGGAGUUUCUUUUAAAGAACUUUUAAUUCUAUAUUUUGUAAACUAAGCAUAAAUGUUGCAGUAUAUGUGCUAACCAUGGCAGUUUUUACGAACACUUUCAUUCUAUUCUGGUUUUUACAAUACAAUUGAUUUUACAAAACACAUUUUCUAUUUUUAUGUACUGACAUAUGCAAUAAAUUGAUACAUUAAAAGUGCUACUAAUGUCUUGUUCCUAUUUGUUUGACCUGUCUUCAGUAUGAAUGUAGUCUUCUGAUUGUAUGGUAACUGCUGUAUGUUUAACAGGCAGAGAUUUUGAAAUGAUUCACUGAAUAAGUCAGUGUACCUAGAGGAUAGAGGCUGCCCAUGUUAGAUGCCAGAUUCUUGAAAAGCCUCUGUUACUUCAGAGGAAGAUAGUAAAUCAGUUACUAAAUUAUUGACAUUGAUUCCUGAACCUAAUAACUUGGCCUCCCUCUCUGAAAGUAACAGUAUUGAAUCUAGACUUGGCCAUCCAUUGCACCUUAUUACAUUUGCAAAAAGAUUCAGUGCAGGCAUCUUCAACCCCCAGCACAUAUGCCAGACCAUGGUAUGAGGCCAGUUUGCUCAGCAUGCCAUAG